GGGCGGGACGAGCGCUGCGAACCUGGGAAGCCAAUCUGACCGCGCAGUUGGCACUGCCGGGUCUGGGGCGGGCCCAGAAAAGGACCCCCAGCCGCGCUCCCGAUGGGGCUGUGUUUUCCCUGUCCGGGGGAGACCGCGCCUCCCUCGCCGGACCUGGAAGAGAAAAGAGCAAAGCUUGCAGAGGCUGCAGAGAGAAGACAGAAAGAGGCUGCAUCUCGGGGCAUUCUGGAUGUUCGGUCUGUAGAAGAAAAGAGAAAGAAAAAGGAAAAACUAGAAAAACAAAUGGCUGAAUCCAGGCCCCCACCAGAAGGUGGACUUAGGUGGACAGUUUCAUGAGCAUAACAUGGGUGGAAAAGUCUAUUGCCAGUAACGAAUAUCUGCAAUCAAGUGGACGUCCUCCGCUUACUUUCUUCUCUUUGAAUAAAUGAAGAUUCAGACUUUGCAAUUUUAGUGCCAUUAAAUGCAGUCAGUACUUUUCAAUAUCGAUAUACUGAAAAUGCUUUUGAUGUUCAAAUUUAGAAAAUGCCAGACUUAAAUACUUAUUUUCUUAUAUUUGCUCUUCUGCAGACAGUAGGCGAUUUGCCCUUAUUUAGGAGUUAAAACAUGGACCUAAAUAGUGAAUAAAUGUAUACUGCAUGUAAAAAGUCUGCCUACAUCUCAGACAUUCAAGUUUGCUGUUGUAUUUUCUCUCCUUCAUAAAAUGACCUUGCAAUCUAUAGUUUUCUGCUUAACCUUGUAUCUCUUUUUAUUUCAUUAUUUAUGAAGGCUUUUGCUUAAACAUACGGACUUCGUGCCUUUAAACUGUUCAUCAGGGAAAAUUUUGAAAAAUCAUUUGAAGGGCUUAUGUGAAGGAACACUGUAAAUUUUUAUAACUUACUAAGUAAUAUUUGUAGAAAAUUAUGAAUUUCUCCUAAUUUGUUUUCUAUUUCUGUGGCUUAUAAAAUUAAUAUAUGGUGUUUUACAUUGCAAUAAAGUGGUUUUUUGCUUGCUGAAUUUAAAAUUAUAUAUUAGUAGUGCCAUCAGAGGGCGGUGAUGGACUGUUACACAAUAUCAGAUUCAGCUCUAAAGAUCUUUGUAGUAACUGAGUGAGUUAAACUAAGAAUCCGGAUGGGCUAUACUGAGUAGUAAUAUAUUUUUCCAAAUUUCACAGGUGUUUUUAUUCAUUAGUAUUUAUUAAAGAAUGAUCAUAAGAUUUGUACAGAUGUGAAAUUGCCAGUACAAACAUGAAUGUAUGAAAUAGAAACAUGUCAGUACUGUAUUUUAAAAGGUCUACUUUAAGCAUAAAGUACUAUGAGGUUAAUUCUGUGGGAUUCAGAGUCAUAAACUUUUCACAUUUGUUUUUAUUAGAAACAUGAGUUUAUAGCAUUUCUGUUUUUUGAGUUUUCCUUUCUUGUGUAUAAUAAGCGAAAAUACAAGA